GCUCGCUAUCAGAGCCAAGUGAACAAAUACUGAGCUAUUUGACCGAUUGGCGUGUGUUCGCUACCGCUCAAGUCGUCAUUCCGGCUGCUAAUUCCACUUCAAAUCUAAACUCCACCAGUGAUUAGCCCCGAUGCAGGAGCCAUGUCACGGCUGAUUGGCUCAUGUCAGUCAUAUAUAAAGCCUCCAUGCCGGGUGAACAAAUGGCAUCUACUCGACUUGCCUUCUCCGACAAUGAGCGACCCAAUGAAACUUCGAAUCUCCCGCUACAUCAAUAUCUCUGAAGCGCGCAGCAGCACUAUUGCUGAGUACGAUCGCGCGCGGGCUGCGUACUUUCUUUCGGACUCGGCAAGCCAAGCGGGCUCGGCUGUGAAGGAGGAGCUGAUCAGUACAUGCGUCGUAAGCUAUCUUUCGCACAAUCCCAGUACACUCCCUGUGCGGGCUGAUGCUGCUCCAAAGGCUGCUAUCGGCGUCGGCAGCCCUUCUAUCACAUAUAAUCUGAUCGUCGACACCGACACCAUACGGACCUGGGUUGGAGCUUCGAGGGAUUAUGUGUCCACGAGCACCUCCAAGAAUUCCGGUGCCAGCGUGACCUUUUCACGGGGCCUUCUUUCGCUCUCUGGUACCGAGUGGACGGAUCAAGUCACUCUUGCUCCGGAAUUGGUCAUUGCAGGCCAAUCUAUCGGCGUGGCAUCGAGUUCCAGUGGGUUCGGCGACAUUGAUGGUGUUCUGGGCCUCGGACGAACCGCUCGCAAUGAUGAGACUACCCCGACGGUGGUCGAUGGUCUCUUCUCCCAGGGAGCAAUCUCGAGCGAGGCUACCGGGUUCUCCCUCAUGCCGCGCUCUGCCGAUUCACACGGCGGCGAGGUCUCAUUCGGCGACGCGGACACCACAGCCAUUACGGGCGACGUGACUUACGUACCCAUCACCUCGACCGCUCCCGCGUCAAGCUACUGGGGAUUCGAUGCCGCUGCAACAUAUGGCGGGAAAGAGCUGCUGAACAGCGUUGGCAUCGUCGACAUAGGCACCACUCUCAUCCUCCUCGCGUCAGACUCGUUCCAGAAGUACCAGCGCGUGACUGGCGGUGUCCUCGACACCGAGACUGGCCUGCUCAAGCUCACAUCCACACAAUUCGAGGCGCUUGAGACCCUCGAGUUCAACAUCGGUGGGACAACGUUCUCGCUGAUGCCGGGAGCGCAGAUCUGGCCGCGCGCUCUGAAUGCUUCGGUCGGUGGAUCCGAAGAUGCCAUCUACCUCGUUGUUGCUGAUUUGGGCUCUCCGAGCGGUCAGGGGCUGGAUUUCAUCCUUGGCCAGGCGUUCAUGGAGCGAUU